AUGAAAUCCUCAUCAAGCAGCUUCUCCGGUUCCCACUCUUUCACCAAAUCCAACAUCGAUCAAGAAGGAUGGGUUAAAACCAUGCGUAAAUCCAUCAUCGAACCCGAUGAUGAAGAAAUAUCUAAAAUUCCCGUUUGUAUCUUCACUGUCCCUAAAGUACUCCUUGCCACCGAUCCUGAAUCCUAUAUCCCACAGCAAGUCGCGUUAGGUCCUUUCCACCAUUGGCGGGAGGAGGUCUAUGACAUGCAAAGGUACAAGCUUGAAGCAGCACGACGUACCCAGAAGUUCAUGAAUACAAGCUUCGAACGCAUCGUGGAGUCGAUGAGGAAACAAGAUGAGGGUCGAAUCCGUGCUAGCUACCACAAGUUUCUUGAUAUGUCUGGAGAGGUACUGGUUUGGAUUAUGGCUGUUGACAUGGCGUUUUUACUGGAGUUCCUUCGCGUGUAUUCCAUGAAAGAACAAGGUCGAACACUCGAGAAAGUUACAUCCUCGAUGUCUCAUUUGGUGGAUACCUCCGGAAAGAAACUUUCGCAUAUGGCGAUUCUUCGUGAUUUGGUUAUGGUGGAGAACCAGAUCCCGUUGUUUCUGAUGAAGACGAUGGUGGAGCAUCAGAUUCGAGAUGAUGAAAACAAGUCCGCAGCAGAGACGUUGAAGUCGAUGCUUAUGGGGUUGUACCAUGAGCUUUCUCCAUUUAAAGAACAAGAGUUGCCUGAUGUUGACAUCGACGACUGUGAUCACCUCCUUGACUUUCUUUACCACUUGACUGUGCCAAACAACAAAGAACUGCAUAUUGAAGCCAUUGAGAUCGAGUAUGAAGGUAUCACCGAGGAAGCCGGCGAUGGUGAUCAAGAGAAAGAAUCAUUUGCAAAACCUAGUGAUCUUCGAAGAUUCAUGGAUUUUAUUUGGAAAAUCCUUUCCAAAUCAAACGCCGCUCUGGUAAAGAUUUUCAAGAAAAUAAUUUUCGGCAAGCCAGUUACAGUUGUAAUGAAACUGCCAUGGAAGAUCUUGUCUAACCUUCCUAUACUCAAACUCUUCAAAGAACCCGUAGAAAACAUGCUUAGAAACUUUCGUGGUGAUGAAGAGCAGAAAUCAAAGGACGACAGUAACGAUUCUAAGGUGCCAUUAAUAGAGGAAAUAACGAUCCCAUCCGUCACUGAAAUGGCCAAAGCUGGGAUCCUUUUCUCACCCGUUAAUGGUGGAAUCUUAGACAUUAGCUUCGAUAACCAAACAUGUACGCUUUACCUCCCAGUAGUCAAUCUGGACGUAAACACAGAGGUGUAUUUGAGAAACUUGGUAGCAUAUGAAGCCUGUGUUGCAGCGGGGCCAUUGGUGGUGGCCCGUUACACUGAGCUAAUGAAUGGAAUAAUCGACACUGAAGAAGACGCAAAGCUUUUAAGUGAAAGAGGAAUAGUUUUGAACCAUUUAAAGAGCGACAAAGAGGUUGCAAAUUUAUGGAAUGGCAUGAGCAAAUCUGUGAAAUUAACCAAAGUUCCCAAAAUGGAUAAGGUUAUUGAAGAUGUGAAUAAAAGGUAUGCUAAAACUUGGAGGGUUAAAUUGUCGAAGUUCAUGAAGAAGUAUGUAUUUGCAUCGUGGAAGAUUCUCACAUUGUUGGCUGCUUUGUUUAUGUUGUUCUUGUCGACUGUUCAAGCUCUCUGCUCUGUGUACAGUUGUGCUCGUGUGCUCCAUCAGCUCCCAGAAAUUCCAGAAGGGACGAUGGAGUGA